AGGAUCCUUUGCAUACAGAUACCCCUCCAGCUUUGGAAGGUGGGCUGAGGCCCAGGGUGAACAUGCCAGCUAAUGGAAAAUCACCCCAGAGAUUCUCUGCCCUGAUUCCAGGAAAUUCUGGCAGAUCAUUUCAGGGAUCUGUGUCAUUCGAGGACGUGGCUGUAGAUUUCACCCGACAGGAGUGGUACAGACUGGACCCUGCUCAGAGAACCAUGCAUAAAGAUGUGAUGCUGGAGACCUACAGCAACCUGGCAUCUGUGGGCUUCUGCAUGGCCAAACCAGAGAUGAUCUUCAAGUUGGAGCGAGGAGAAGAGCUAUGGAUAUUAGAGGAAGAAUCCUCUAGCCAUGGUUACUCAGGCUCUCUCUCAGUGCUGUAUGGCAAUAGUUCUGUUGAGGAUGACGUCCUUAGGCAUGAUAACAACCUUCUUCAGUAUCAGAAGAUUCAAUCUUUGGAUCAAAAUGUUGAAUAUAAUGGAUUUGGGAAAGGUUUCCAUGAGAAAACAGACUUUGUUAGACAUAAGAGAACACACACAGGAGAUAAAAACUUUGAAUGUCAUGAAUGUGGGAAAGCUUACUGCAGGAAAUCAAACCUCAUUGAACAUCUGAGAAUACAUACAGGGGAGAGACCAUAUGAAUGUGGUGAAUGUGCAAAAACCUUCAGUGCAAGAUCAUACCUCAUUGCUCAUCAGAAAACUCACACAGGGGAGAAGCCCUUUGAAUGUAAUGAAUGUGGGAAAUCUUUUGGCAGAAAGUCACAGCUCAUUCUACAUCAAAGAACACACACAGGAGAGAGACCCUAUGAAUGUACUGAAUGUGGGAAAACCUUUUCCGAGAAGGCAACCCUCACAAUUCAUCAGAGAACUCACACAGGGGAGAAACCUUAUGAAUGUAGUGAAUGUGGGAAAACAUUUCGUGUAAAGAUAUCCCUAACUCAACAUCACAGAACUCACACAGGGGAGAAACCCUAUGAAUGUGGGGAAUGUGGGAAAAAUUUUCGUGCAAAGAAAUCCCUAAAUCAACAUCAAAGAAUUCACACAGGUGAGAAACCCUAUGAGUGUGGUGAAUGUGGGAAAUUCUUCCGAAUGAAGAUGACUCUCAAUAAUCAUCAGAGAACUCACACUGGUGAAAAGCCCUAUCAGUGUAAUGAAUGUGGGAAAUUUUUCAGGGUGCAUUCAUCUCUUGGGAUCCAUCAGAGAAUUCACACAGGAGAGAAACCUUAUGAAUGUAACAAGUGUGGUAAUGCCUUCUAUGUGAAAGCACGCCUCAUUGAACAUCAGAGAAUGCAUUCAGGAGAGAAACCCUAUGAAUGUAGUGAAUGUGGGAAAAUUUUCAGUAUGAAAAAAUCCCUCUGUCAACACCAGAGAACUCACACAGGAGAGAAGCCUUAUGAAUGUAGUGAAUGUGGAAAUGCUUUCUAUGUGAAAGUACGCCUCAUUGAACAUCAGCGAAUUCACACAGGAGAGAGACCCUUUGAAUGUCAAGAAUGUGGGAAAGCUUUUUGCCGGAAAGCACACCUCAUAGAACAUCAAAGAACUCACAUAGGUUGGCCUUUGCAUUGUACCAUGGAAAAAGCCUCUCCCUAAAGACUUCCCUAGCCACUGUAUCAAGCUCUUUGGGACACUGAUCACUGGGGCACACAGAGUGUGCCUGUAACAAUUUGACACCUACUUUUAUGCUAGAAUAUGUCC